AAGUCGAGUCGUACUCGGGAUCGUCUGUAAUUUACGUGUUAUAAACUUCGCGCCGUCAACGUCCCUGUAAUCCAAUAUGGAGGGCGCUGUGCGUUGCUGCGGUAACAUGACGUGGGGCGAGACGGCUCUAUAUUAAUAUUUUCGUAAUUUCUUCGAAUUUCAAUCCUUUCAUGAUUGAGACUGUUUAAGUCAGUUGGGUCAAAAUCCGUCCACCUAUCUGCAGGUUGUCUACAGCUGUCAAAAUAUUGGAGUAAUCAAGCAGAAAAGAGAACAUGGACACAAAAUCACUACAGAGUCUGCUCAGCGAUCCGAGCCACUAUGCCAAGGCGUUCAAAGUCUUCUGCGCUCGGUCUGACAAAUUGAGGGUGUUCUCUGACUGGGUGGACGGUGUGUUUAGCGAGGCGGUGGUUGGUAAACUCCAGGCCACACUGGACGGACAAGAAGAGCUACGGGUCCUUGGAGUGGGCAGUGGAUCAGGUGAACAGGAUUGUGUGAUGUUGGAGCAACUCAAAAAGCGAUUCUCACUCGUCAAUAAUCGUGUAGUUGAGCCUUCUGAUAAGAUGCUAGUCCAGUACAAGGCGUUGGCUCAAUAUAAGACUCACGAACUACAAGGUGUCGAGUGUGAUUUUCGGCAGCAGACGCUCGAGCAAUACCAGAAGGCGGGAGAUGCGACUAAGUUCCACUUCAUCAGCGCAGUUCACUGCAUGUACUACCUGGACGACUAUGACAGCUCCCUGGAGUAUUUGUACAACUGCCUGAUCCCUGGCGGAGCAAUACUUGUGAUCCUCAAGUCAGAAAACAACGGAUGGAACCGAUUUCUGGACCGCUUUCCUGAGCUUCGUCGGGGCGGUUGUGAAAUAACUUCAGCCGAUAUACGCAAUUCCUUGGACCGCCGUGGCAUCCCGUACACGCAGUACCACCAACCCAACGGUUUAGAUGUUACCAAGUGCUUCGACGAAACUGCCGAUGAAGACAGCUUGUUGGUUGAUUUCCUGACCCAUUCUGUUAACUUCAAGGAGACGGCGCCCGAAGACGUACAGAGAUCCAUGAUGGAGUAUCUUGCCAGCAGCGACUGCUCCAAGAGGGAAAAUAACACCAUACUGCUGAACAUCGACUGGGAUGCAGUAGUUAUAAUUAAGCAAUAAGAAUACAAUUAAUUGUAUCAAAAAAAUAAUCUGGCCACAAAAUAAAUAUGAGUUCUUUCUGAAAACUGCCGGAAUGGUUACCGCAAACUUGGGGAAAGUUUCGACAAAGUGAACUCAUUACGUCAACGUUUGUGCAUGGAUUUUCAUGAACAGCGCGCCCUUGUUGUAUCAAUAUACCACGGCCCUCGCCCUAAAGACUCCCCGUCAGGAAAAAUUGCAGAAAUCGGUGACCACCGCCAUGAAAAAUAUUUAUGUCUUCGCUCCUUUUCCUUACUCCACUGCGAUGUAUUUACUAGUCUGUAUCGGCGCCCUCAAGUGACAGGACAUAAAACAUAAGUAGUGAGUAGUUUUAUCGUAGAUUAGUUGUUAGCGAUGGUAAUUAAUUAAUGAUUUCUUAAAGUUAUUUCCGAACAUUAGAAUAUGUUUGUUAUAAUUUGUUUGUUUGUUUAUAGUUUUUUUCUGGGUGUGGGAUUUUCGUAAUAAAUUUUGUUUGAUUUAAUAGUAAUUAUUUAUACUGUAUAAUAAUCUGGGUUUUUUUUUGGUUUGACACUCUCUGAUGACAGUUUUUACAAACUUUUGUCUAGACCAAAACAAUCUUUCUUUUUUUAAAAGAUUUUUAAUUAUUGUCCGAAGAUAUAAAAUUAAAAUUAAACUUAAAGUGAAACAUGAAACAUCCUGAGAUAAUUUCUACACAAGCCUAAAAGACUAGGCGAGCAAUUCUUUUUUAUAUUGAUUCAGAAUGGUUGAAAUUUAAGUCCGUAGAAUAAGCUAUAUUGAUAUAGUAAUGGAAUCACAGAUGCCCUUCAUUGUGUCGUUCACAUGUAGACUUGACUCAUUGCACUAUAUAAUGACUAUAUGCAUAAUCAAACCCCCAGUUGCGGAUCCAGAUUCGGAUCAAGAGGGGUUUAGCAUUUCUUUUUCAGCGGCCGGACAAUGCCGGCAGAACACAAUUUUUUGGAGAGGGGGGGGGGGGGGGGGGGCAGUUUUGUUCCCGAAUAAGCCAAAAAUUUCGCCCAAUUUAAAACAUGAAAGCUAGAAGGUUUCAAACGUAUUGCUUUGGUUGAGUUUGUAAGUGGUGUACGCAGUGUAAAUAUUCAAGAGUAAAACUCGUUUGGCCAACCCACAAAGAGUGCCGAUAAUGUCAUUAUUACUAUUACAACGAUUAUAACAACAAUAUCCGACUGGCGCGAAUCGAACGACAGAGGCCGCAAUUAAUUCGCGUUUAAUUGUGCAAAGUGAGACUUUCUACGCGAGCUCAUUAGCAUAAAAUGUGAUCCCACAAUUUCUUUUGAAAACGGAGACAGUUUGGCUUUAAAAUUGAUGGAAUUGUAUAUGUCCAAGAAUCAUCUCCCUGGAUUUUGGGAUCCAAGUCCGUUGCGGACAAAGUACAUCGUAUUGUUGAUUAUAUUGUACGAUAUUGACACACACGGUAUUGUAUUGGAGAAUUUUAGUUUAGUGAACGGAUAAUGACUGUGUAGAGAAUGGUACCUUAAUUAGCAAGCUUUCUAUUGUUAUUGCUACGAUAGCAAUUCAUGUGUUAAUAGUUGUAAAUAUUACAUAUUUUGCAUUUUAUUGUAUAAGUUUCGUAAUGUAAAUAUUAUAAAGAUUAAAAUAUCUCCAACACAUGGAAUUAAAGCUCGGUGUGGUGAAUAAUC